AGAAGAUUCGCUUCAUUCGACGGCGGACUUUAAGUCGAUUGGCAGUGUAUCAUUUCUUUACAGCUGAUGGAGAUGUUUGGGUUCACGCGCCGAUAUCAAGAAGAACUUUGACCAAAGAUAUUCAGCUUACUAAGUAUGUACAUGAUAGAAAAGAUUACGCUGGUUUUGGAUUGCAAUGAUUCAAAGAUAACAAGUUAGCGAGCUUGUCUCCCCUCCUCUGAGUGAAAGCGACCGAACGAUGCCAAAUUAAGAGUCAACAACUUUUGAAUGUGGCUUCGAUGGAUUAAAGAAAUAUGCAGCAGUAUUUCCUAAACCCAAACUACUCAGAAGAAUCAAGGGUUUUGCCGGUUUUUUACUUUCGCAUCGAUCUGUUUCACUUCCUUCCUUUGGUAGACAAAUUUAGAUCGGGUGUCUAGUACAAUGAGCGGAUCGAUUACCAACCAGCCGUUCUUGGAAGAACAAAAUGGUGUCAUACACACUGCUAAAGGAACUACGGACCGAAAGAGCGAAGGAAGGAAACAUCGCUGCAGUCUGUGCGAUAAGUGGUCUGCUUUGUGCAGUCGGUUUAUUCGCCUGUUACAACAUCUCGUUGGGUUUCUUGGAGAAAACAUUGCUGGGCACCCUGUGGCUUGCAUGGCGAUCUGCAUUUUCUUCGUUUUAUUCUGUGCUGUGGGAUUCCUGUGGCUGAAAACGGAAAGCAGAACUGAAAAACUCUUUAUUCCUCAAGAUAGUAGAGCCAUCAACGACUUAAACAGAGCUGAAAAGUUUUUUCGACUGAAGGUUCGUGUAGCGGGUGUAAUUUUGGUAGCCCAUGCAGAAAAUCCUAACAUUCUUGCGCCAGAAUGCCUGGCGGAGGCCCAAAACGUACACAGUCAAAUUAUAACAUUGAAGUCUUUUACAGAAUUUUGUUUGACUCUCUCUGGACAGAAAGCUAGUUUCUUGAAUGAUUGCGUGACUAUUGAUCCGUUUCAAAUUUUUCAAGACAGAAAUUUUAGCAACAAGUCGUUGAUACAAAUUCAAGCAGAAAUCAAUACAGCGUUCAACAAUACACGUUUACUAAUGCGAGACGGACAGCUUUUCCAGCGAAACUUUCCCCAGAUAUUCGGUGACGUGACAAAACAGACAAGCAAUCGUACGAUUACUGGCGCACGUGCAAUGCAGCUGAAAUAUCUGAUCAGAGACCCACCUGAGGAUGACGUCAACAAGAAAGUCCUGGAAUGGGAAAAGACCUUUCUUGACAAAGUGGCCUCUAUGUCUGCCUCCUGUUUUGAGAUUUACUACGAGGCAGAGAGAAGCACAGAUGACGCUAUUAAAGAAAACAGUAGCGCUGAUAUAACUCUGGUAUCGAUCACCUUUACUAUUAUGAUCUCAUUCGCCUGUUUUAUGCUUGGAAAAUUUGUUAAUCCGCUGACCGGUCACUCGAUGCUCGCAAACGUAGGAGUUCUCGCAGUGGCGUUCGGUAUUUUGGCGGGAAUGGGUCUGGGCACCUGGUCCCGUGUGACGUACGUGAACAUGAUAGGCGUGGUGCCAUUUCUAGUGUUAAGUAUAGGCAUCGAUGAUAUGUUCAUUAUAGUGGAUGAGCUUGAUCGACAGCCACGUGAUAUGGGCGUGAUCAGGACUGUCAAGGAAGUAAUGUCGCGCACAGGAGCCACAGUUACUAUGACAACCAUGACUGACCUGGUUGCAUUUGCCGUGAGUACAUCAACUGCUUUUCCCGCUAUCAGAUACUUUUGUACUUACGCGGCCUUAGCCGUUACGCUCUCCUAUGCUAUGAUGAUAACCUUUUUCGUCGCCGCAAUGACGUUUGACAUCAGAAGAAUAAAAUCCGGCCGAAGAGACUGCCUGCCUGUAUGCACAGUACCACCCACGAAAGAUGGUCAACCCCACUGGGACGCACCGCGCCCUCAGACCUCGAACCGUUUGCUAAAGGGUUGGGCAAAAUUUCUUAUGUUACCUGAAACGAAAUUUUUUGUGCUUGUCAUUUCUGUGGCAAUCCUUGCCUUGGGAAUUUAUGGAACGACCAAGGUGACUGAAAAUUUCGAUAGAAGAAUGCUGGCAAAAGAUGACUCUGCGCUUUUGAAAUUUCUGAACGUUCGAGAGAAAUAUUACGAACAAACCAUUCCUGUUAGUUUGGUCCUAACGGGUAACAUUGACUACAGUGAUCCUGAUGUCCAAGACGAGAUCAGGCAGCUGUCGAAAAUUGUUAAGGACAAUUGCUAUUACCGAACUCAGGCUGUAUCUUGGAUUGAAGUUUUUACGAAUUUCUCUGCUGCGAGUGGGAUGAACAUUACGGGACCACAUUUUAUGCCUGCCCUAAAACUGUUCCUUGAAAGUCCUGAAUGUUUAUCUUUCAAACAAGAUGUGAAACUGUCGUCCAACGGAAGUCGCGUCAUUGCGUCUCGUGUCAUGGCUUUCUUGAAGAACAACCCAAGCUCUACCUUUCAGAAGGACGCCAUGUUGACAAUUCGUGAGGAUCUUGCCAAGAAAUCUCCACUCGACGUGAUACCGAUCACCCGUCCAUUCAUCUUUUUCGAACAGUAUGCCAUCAUUGGAAGAGAGACCACAAGGAACCUCAUCAUAGCAGCCCUGGCUGUGCUGGUGGUAACAUCUUUGUUCCUGGUCAAUUUCACCGUAACACUUCUGGUGGUGGUGAAUUUUGUGGCUCUGGUCCUCGAGCUGUUUGCGUUGAUGUUCAUCUGGGACGUGUCUUUGAAUGGCGUCUCGAUGAUCACUCUUGUCAUGGCCAUUGGUUUUGCCGUGGACUACAGUGCGCAUAUUGCGCAUGCGUUUGUGAUGUCUGAGGAAGACACACCUAACAGGAGAGUCAUUGACGCUGUUAGCACGCUUGGUGCCAGUGUCUUCAUGGGAGGUUUCAGUACCUUUCUUGGGAUGCUGGUGCUAGUCUUUGCCACUUCGGAAAUCUAUCGUAUUUUCUUCCGCAUGUUUGUGGGAAUUGUUUCGUUCGGACUUCUCCACGGCUUAUGUAUAUUACCCGUUCAACUGUCCCUGUUAUGUUGGAAACCAGUUGUGACUCAGAGAGACCCAACGCAUCUGUUAAUAAGGGAAACAGAUGUUUGAUCCAAGAGGGAGGGGAUGAGGUGGGGUUUUGAACCCUUUAACUCCCAGAUCAAAUUUAUAAUUCUCCUUACUGUUAACCUACAAUUCUCAUAAUGUUAGUUCAGAGAAUUUGGUAUUGGAUCAGCUAAUCAUCCCCAAUUUGAUAUUUUUCCUAAUUCUCAUCACUCAUCUGGUUGAUAUUGUACUGAUACUGCAAGGAGAAAUUCUGUCUUGGUCACUCAUGGGAGUUAAAGGGUUAACUCUUACGUUGAAAGAGACACAUGGAGAAUUCGAAUCCGCCCCGUUAACUUUCCACACCCUAAAAUCAGUGUGCAUAUUCUCCAAACUGUUCUCUAUACAUUUCCCAUGAUAAUGAUAAGGAGAAUAUGUUGACCAAUCAAUAGCUUCUUUAGAUGGUGAUUAUUUCCAUUCUCCUAUUCCCUUAUAGUUUGAUUCAGGGGUGAUAUUGUAAAGAAAAGUUAAAUGAUGGUCACUCUUUGAGGUGAAAGGGUUAAAGCAACUUCUGUUGUGCUCGUUGGGAGAGAUAGAAGUUUGUUGUACUUUGAUUUCAAAUCAAAUUACAAAUGAUUACAAAUGUAGUUUUAAUGAGCAGACGUUCAUUUUUUGAACCAAUCUUCAGUUUAUUAAUAAAUAAGGUUACGGCUAAAUUCUUUUUACUUUGGGUCAAGUAUUUAUGGAAUUACACUUUAGUGAGUUAGAAAGUGUGUAAUCCAUCUUGGAAAUAUAAAGUGGUUGGUGUUCAUAUCCUUAUUUAAGACAUUUUUUUUUUUGUCAGUUUAAUCCACAUUUGUUUUUUUCUCUGAGAACGUUUUAAAGCAUAUUUUGAAAGAACGAGUUAUUAUUUAAGUGGCAGUCAAGUACCGGUGUCGUAGCGUUUUAUAUGUAAAUAGCAGCCAACUUAUUUAAGAUGACCAUACCCUUUUGGGGAUUUUGAAAUAUUUUAAAGGGUAUAGAGUACAUCUAAUUAUUAAAAAGUAACAACGAUAAAAUGUUAUCAGAGUUUCCGUUCUAAUAUAUAUUUAAAUUUUUCAAGAGUGACUUUGGAAAAUUAUGGGUUACAAGAAAAAUUAAGAGGCAAUUUCUCAUGACGAGUGACUCUCAUGUAAUACAUGGAUGUGUACUUUGUGUGUGAUGAGUAAAUAGAUCCAUUUGUUCAACCUUACAACCUAGAAGAUAUAGGAGUCAGUUCUCCCCAAUGUCCGCUCUAUUUUUCAUAUGAUUUUGAUAUUGAGAAUUUGUGUUUAGAAUCAACCAAUUAGUAUACUUUACUUAGUGUUUUUUUUCUCUCGUUACCUUACUGUUUGAAAAUGGAGUAACAUUGUAAGGAGAAUUACCUUUUUGGUCAACCCUUGUUGUGAAACUGAUUAAAGAAACCACAGCUUUACAGUGGUGGUUUUAGUGAAGAA